AUAGUUUAGAGGAGCUGAGCACGGAGUACAGACCUGCUGCAGACACACAAAGAGGCUGACACAGGAGAGGACUGCUGCUGCUGCUGCAAACACAGGACCUUAGACUCUCUCACAGUGAGUAGAAUUAAAGAUAAACCUCCUCUCUCUGUCUCCUGCAUGUUCACCUGCUCUAGUAUUUGCGCUGUGAGGAGGAAAAGCUGCAGGGGAGCCGCUCCUGUCAGACCUGCAUGCUGUGCACACACUAAAUAAGGACAAAAAAAGAGUCCCUGCAGGUGUUUCUCACUUUAUGUCUCCUGUCUUAGACAUGCUGUGGACCCGGGACAGAGACUCGGAGAGACCUCCACUCUCCGCGAUCCUGCCGAGACUUUACCUGGGAGCCGAGAGCGACGUGACGCAGGUGGGUCUGAGCAGCAGCUGCAGACAGGCAGGGAGCACGGUUAUGUCAGAUAGGUGUCAGAAAACUGCAGUUAAAUCAUUUAUUUAUUAUUAUUCUACUAUUUUAUACUUUAAACUUCCUUAAUAAAUAUUUUGUCUUUAAAUGUUGUUUUAAAGCUGCAUUUGUUCUCUUUUACGAGAGUAUUUCUACAAUAAUGCAGAUUAUGAUGCUGUUGGAUUAUUGUUGCAGCAGUUUAUUAGUUUAGUUUUUGCAGAUCAGAAUCAGAAUCUCUUUAUUGUCCCAAAAAGGGAUAUUAGUUUUGCAGCCGGAGCACAAAGACAGGGUACACAGUGACAUACAGUCAUGAUAAAAACAACACAAUAAAAGACGCAGGAUCACUAAAACAUGAUGUUCAGUCCAGAGCUAAUGCAAAAACUGGAGAGAUUAACUGCCUCAGGAAACUGUGAGAAAGUGCAAAAAUGCAAUAAAGAGUGCAAAAGCCUGAUUCCUAAUUCAGUAAAUGAAUCGCACCAGGGAUUAAUGAGAUCUGAACCCUCUUAUGUAUGUGCAUCCACCUCCCUGAUCACGUAUAUUUGCAUUGUUUUGAAUCUGCAGCCUGUCAGGUGUGUGUGUGUGUGUGUGUGCAGGUCGAGAGUCGGAGUGACAUCAUGCAGAGACAUAAGCUCACUGUAAACACAGAGACCCUGAGUGAUGUGAUCAUGCUGCACUACAUUUCAUGCAAUAACAGAAAACAUGAGUAUUUGAUAAUAAAUCUGUCUUUGUGUUUUGUGUUCGUCUGCAGGAUUGUCUGGCGUCUCUCGGGAUCUCCUACGUUCUCAGCGUGAGUCGCUGCAGCCCUCAGCCCUCCUUCCUGCCGCGCUCUCGUUACCUCCGGAUCCCCAUCGACGACUCUCUGUGGGAUGACCUCCUGCCCUGGAUUCCUCAGGCCCUCAGCUUUAUCGGUCAGAACCGGUUACAUACACAGAUUCACAUGCAUCUCAUUUAAAUCAUAAUGUGUCUAAGAGUGUGUGUUUCUAUGUACAUGUUUUAGAUGGAGCCAUGUCCUCAGGGGCCUCGGUUCUGGUUCACUGUGCAGCAGGGAUCUCUCGGUCUCCAGCUCUGGCUGUGGCCUACAUCAUGUACAGAAUGGGUCUGGACCUGGACCAGGCUUACAGGUAGAUCUGCACCCUGCUAUAUGAACUCUCAGACAGGUUUUCUUUAUGUAAAUGAAUGUUUACAUUGUUUGAAAUGAAAGAAAAAAAGCUGCUCCCUCUCUCUCUCGCUCUCUCUGGGUCACGCUGUUGGCUGCCUGCAGGGCUGAGGAUGAUUCUGAUUGGCUGUUGAGUUUCCUCCUGCAGCAGAGAUCAGGCGUCCCUGUUUGGAGCAUUAACACAUAAACAGAUCCAGGAUUAAAUAAUGACUCAAUGUGGAUGGGUUUUUGGACCCGUCUCUGUUUUGUCCACUAGAGGGCGACAGAGAGAGUCAAAGUUUUGACACUGACCUGCCUUAAUUUUAGAGUUUUCAGGUCAGUUUAUUAUUUAUUUAGAAAAAAAAAAAAUUAACAAUUACAGUUUCAAGUUUGUUUGAUUUAGAAUUAGGUUCUGUACGAGGUCCUGCAGUCCUGACCCUGGUCCUGUGUGUCCCUCUAACAGGUUCGUGAAGGAGCGCCGUCCCUCCAUCUCUCCAAACUUCAACUUCCUGGGUCAGCUGCAGCAUUUCCAGAGCACGCUGAGCCUGAAGACGACCGCAGGAGAAGUGACCCCCCCUCAGUUUGACGGUCACCUCCCCCAGAGCGAAGAGAAGACGGAUCAUCAGACCCACAGCAGAGACCUGACUCAGGACUGUCAGGAGGACUCAGCGCUGACAGACAGAGUCCAGCAGAGACUCAAACAUCAGGAUCAGAGAGUCCAACAUGUUCAUGAGACUGUGACCCCGCAGCAGAGAGAGCAUCAGACCCCUGUUUCUUUUAAACCGGCACAAAAACCCACCACACUACAACUACAACUCCCAGCAUCCUCUUCAUCCCUACAGGAAAAACGCAAAAGCCUCACCCUCUCUCUCACCCCACUGGGAGUCAAUCCUGCCUCACCAGCAGGAGGCGCCCUUACAUCUACGCAGGAGGAGAGGCCCCUCAGAGACAGUACGCAGGAGCCCCACAGGGAGCACAGCGCCCCCCACAGGAGGCCGAAGGAGCCAAGUCUGCUGUCCCCCUUUGGUUUCAGUCUGAACAAGCUGCUGGAUUGGGGGGAGAGGCUGCUGCUGGGGGGUCUGUUUGUCCCCCCUGUGAAGAUGGGACAGCCCGCCCUGCCGUACAGGUGCUGAGGAGGGGGGGGCCGCAGGUGUGCAGGAUGCCGAUAGAGUGGGCGGAGUCUGUGUCUGUGCAUGUUUGUUAAAGGACUGUGUGACGUUUGUACAGACAGCAGCUUUAUUUAUUGAUUAAAUAUUUAUGACAGAGACUGCAAACCUCCACACAUCAUAUUUAUAUCUGCUCAGAUUAUUUUAAGGACUUUUAAAUGUCAAAAUGAUGAUUAAAGCUGAAUUUUAAACUUGU